CUUGUUCGGUUUGGGGUUGGGGUUUAUUCCCCUUUUUGUUAAAACUGUAUCUAUUCCUAAACUCCAGUAGUGGAUCCGAAGCCAGCUUCAGCUCUGAGCGUAGAAUCCAAAUCCUGAACCUCAACAACCUGCGGCAUCACCAUCUGCUGGAUUAUCAACAGUAUCACCCCUGUAAUCCGCGUCGAUCACGCCCGCUCCCACAUCGGUCGAGUGCUUCCAUGCUAAUCCAGAUCGCGGUGCUGAAAAACAAAACAAAACGGGGAGAUUUAAAGUUAGCCCUCGGCUGGGAAAGAAAGAAGGGAGGGGAAAAGAUCGCUUAAGACCCGCUCCGUCAUCGGCCUCAUGAUCACCGCCUCACACAACAAAGUCUCCGAUAAUGGAGUCAAAAUCGCUGACCCAAGCGGCGGCAUGCUCUCUCAGCAUUGGGAAUCCUUCGCCGACGCCCUCGCCAACGCCCCUUCUCCCCAACACCUCCUCCUGUUGAUAAAUGAAUUCGUGGAGAAAGAAGGGAUCUCGGUGGGUGGGGACUGGCAAGUCGAAGUGCUUUUGGGGAGAGACACGAGACCAAGUGGAGAUGCUUUGCUUCAAGCAGCUAAACAGGCAUGAACAAGGUUUUAAAUUACAGUCAAUCUUCCCGCGGAUUUUGAAGUCUUCAUUUCGCAAUGUUUAUCGCAUCAACCAUUCCCGACCCCGAAAAUCCCCAUUUCCGUUUCCGAAAAGAACCGAAUGCGACGAGUCUCUGCUUCUACAUUACCUAUCCAAUGGGUGGCUAAACGACGCGCGAAACCUCCUCCAAAAUUCCUCUGGAGGUGACCUCCACUUGCGUGUUGUUCGCUGGACCUCGCUACUCUCCAACUUCUCCCGCCACGGUUUUGUGGCCGAAGCUCGCACACUCUUCGACAUAAUGCCCCACAGAAACCUCGUCUCUUACAAUUCCAUGUUGUCCGUGUACCUCCGCUCCGGCAUGCUUGACGAGGCUUCCCGCUUCUUCGACACCAUGCCGGAGAGGAACGUCGUGUCUUGGACCGCAAUGCUCGGUGGGUUCUCGGAUGCCGGGAGGAUCGAAGAUGCGAAGAAGGUGUUUGAUGAAAUGCCUGAGAGAAAUGUUGUUUCGUGGAACGCGAUGGUGGUGGCUUUGGUUAGGAAUGGGGAUUUAGAGGAAGCGAGGAUUGUUUUUGAGGAGACUCCUUAUAAGAAUGUGGUUUCAUGGAAUGCUAUGAUCGCGGGGUAUGUUGAGAGAGGGAGAAUGAAUGAGGCAAGAGAAUUGUUUGAGAAGAUGGAGUUUAGGAAUGUGGUUACUUGGACUAGCAUGAUAUCUGGUUAUUGCCGUGAGGGAAAUUUGGAGGGGGCUUAUUGUUUGUUCCGGGCUAUGCCGGAGAAAAAUGUUGUUUCUUGGACUGCUAUGAUUGGUGGCUUUGCUUGGAAUGGCUUUUAUGAAGAGGCAUUGUUGCUUUUUCUUGAGAUGUUGAGAGUUUCUGAUGCAAAGCCCAAUGGUGAGACCUUUGUUUCUCUUGUUUAUGCUUGUGGUGGUUUGGGUUUUUCUUGCAUUGGCAAGCAGUUACAUGCUCAGCUGAUUGUUAACAGCUGGGGGAUUGAUGAUUAUGAUGGUAGGUUGCGAAGAGGUCUUGUUAGGAUGUACUCUGGGUUUGGUCUUAUGGACUCUGCACACAAUGUGCUUGAAGGUAAUCUGAAAGAUUGUGAUGAUCAGUGUUUUAAUUCCAUGAUAAAUGGUUAUGUUCAGGCCGGUCAGCUGGAAAGCGCUCAAGAGUUGUUUGACAUGGUACCUGUUCGGAACAAGGUUGCAUCCACCUGCAUGAUUGCUGGCUAUCUUAGUGCCGGCCAAGUACUAAAGGCUUGGAAUUUGUUUAAUGACAUGCCUGAUAGGGAUUCCAUUGCGUGGACUGAGAUGAUUUAUGGGUAUGUGCAGAAUGAGCUCAUUGCUGAAGCCUUCUGCUUGUUUGUUGAGAUGAUGGCUCAUGGUGUUUCUCCUAUGAGUUCUACAUAUGCUGUUCUAUUUGGAGCCAUGGGUUCAGUUGCUUAUCUUGAUCAGGGGCGGCAAUUACAUGGUAUGCAGUUGAAGACAGUGUAUGUAUAUGAUUUGAUUCUUGAGAACUCUCUAAUUGCAAUGUAUACAAAAUGUGGGGAGAUAGAUGAUGCAUAUAGGAUAUUCUCUAACAUGACUUACCGGGACAAAAUUUCUUGGAACACCAUGAUCAUGGGCCUUUCAGAUCAUGGGAUGGCCAACAAGGCUUUAAAAGUGUAUGAAACUAUGCUUGAAUUUGGAAUUUAUCCAGAUGGCCUUACAUUCCUUGGUGUCCUGACAGCAUGUGCUCAUGCGGGUCUUGUUGAUAAAGGGUGGGAGUUAUUUCUUGCCAUGGUUAAUGCUUAUGCUAUUCAACCUGGUUUGGAGCAUUAUGUUAGUAUUAUCAAUCUUCUGGGCCGAGCAGGAAAGGUGAAGGAAGCAGAGGAGUUUGUCUUGAGGCUACCAGUUGAACCAAAUCAUGCCAUUUGGGGAGCAUUGAUUGGAGUAUGUGGGUUUAGUAAAACAAAUGCAGAUGUUGCUAGGCGUGCGGCCAAACGACUGUUUGAGUUGGAACCUUUAAAUGCACCAGGCCAUGUGGCCCUUUGUAACAUAUAUGCCGCAAAUGAUAGGCAUAUUGAGGAUACUAGUUUAAGAAAAGAAAUGAGGAUGAAAGGUGUGAGGAAGGCACCUGGAUGUAGUUGGAUAUUGGUGAGGGGGACAGUUCAUAUUUUCUUCUCAGACAACAAAUUACAUCCGCGUGUUUAAGAGAUAAGGGUAUGAAAGCUUCAGAGCAGGAUUACUUUGAACAGCUUUCAAGCUCAUUCAGGUGCUUAGUGGAUUUGAUCCCAGCUGAAAAAUGUAAGUUUGAUGGGGUGAACAACAAAGUGGUAGUGGAUGCAGCUAAUGGGGUUGGUGGAGUGAAACUUAAAUAUUUAGGGAAAUUGUUGAAUGGUUUGAUUAUUGAGGUUCGGAACAGCAGUGAAGAUGGAGGUGUACUGAAUGAUGGAGUUGGUGCUGAUUAUGUGCAAAAAGAGAAGGUUCUUCCAAACAGCUUUGGUUCUAAAGACACCGGGAUAAGUGGUAGGAUUGACCUUGUUGAUGGGGACAAGAUACUAUCCCUGUUUGCCUUAUCUAUUAGGGAGCAACUAUGCUUUCUUAAUGAGAAAGAAGACAUGGAAAAUUGCAACUAAGCUUUCUUAAUGAGCUUCUGGAACAAGUAAGUGUUUCAUUGUCCUCCCUUUGCACCAAUCUUUUGUUCAUUGCAACAUUCAACUUUGAUAUUGAUGGACCGAUGUAGUGGUGGUUUUGUUAAUUUGUUAUAUGUCAAUCCUGUGUUGAUCGACAGAGCAGGUAAAUUUUACUGAAUAAAAAAGGUUUCAACACCUUUUCGAACCUACAAAUAUGCAAUUUUUGUAGUCAUAAUCCAGGAAAUAUUCAAAUAUUUCAUCAGUCUCCUUUACAUAAACAUUUAUUUGGUUCCAUCUAAUGUUGCUAUGUAAGCAAUUUGUAACGUGGCAUUCCUAUGUGGCAACACUUCGAAGGAGUCACGCAAGCAUUUUUUUGUAACAGGAGAAUAAAAACAGAAAGUUUCGACAUUAUUGGGAUUAUAAACAAAAGAAAGAAAAUUACAAAGAUUAAAAGUGAAAAAAAGUAGUAUAUUUAUAAGAAUGGAAAAGGUAUUUAAACCACCCUAAACAAUAUAAGAAAAAAUGGUUGGACUUAUAGUUGUGUAUCAUGUACACUCAGACACAUGGUAAUUGAACACUAAGAUUGGUGUCUUUGUUAUUGAAUCAACCAACAGGCCAGAGUAGCUGCAGAUUUGGCUAUAAAGGAUAACAGACAGCUAAUGGAGAUUGAGUUUCCCACAGCUGGACUCGGGUCUGUGCCAGGUGAUGGGGAAGGUGGAAUUGAAAUGACUGAGAGCAUGCAAUUGAUUCGUGAAUUUUGUGACCGCUUCAUUAGUUCAGAGAAAGUCACACGAACAAGAAUAGUAAUCUUCUUGAUUUAAAGAAUUGUUCUUCUUUGUGCCCCUGGAAUGUGUUUCUGGAUGAAAAGCUUUCUCUACAUGUAAAAAAGGGUUUUGUGCUCCUUGCAUUUUUCAAAUAACUAGGAAGUUUUUGUUGUUUUAGUUUUCUUUUUCUUAGCAUACAAUCUAACUAUGUUUACAGUUAGUUACAAGUCUCUUGCUGUAUAAUUCCAACUCAGCAUAUAUACAUCAAUUAUGAUCAAUACACCUAGAUGCCAAGAUUUAAUUCCAUAGUUUGAUUGUUCCAA